AUGGCAAAGACAAAGCCUCAAGACAAGAAGUCGAAGAAGAGCGGGAAGAAUGGCACAUCAUCGAAACCGAAGGCAUCGCCAGAAGAGUUACUCAUACAGGCCGCAACUUUACUACAGACCUCACAGCCUGAAGAAGCCCUCGUCGCAGCGAAACGAGCGCUCAACCUACUGCAACCGUCAUCGACCCCGUCUGCCGCAGCCUUACCCGCACUCAACCUUCUCGGCGAGAUCAACGUCGAACUGGGCGACCCAGAGAGCGCACGCGAAGCCUUCGAAGCAGCCAUAGCGAUUGACCCACAAGGCACAAGCGAUGGCGCGGAAAAGUUCCUCUGGAUGGCGCAACUGAACGAAGAGGGUGGUGCGGCAAGUUUACGACACGACGAUGCGAAAGCGGCGCUUGCCAGGAGUAUGGAGCUAUGGAAGGACUUGGACCCUGAUGAUCCAAAAGUACCAGACUUUUCCACCAGAAUUAGCUUGUCUAGGUUGUUGAUGGAGGCAGAGUUGGAAGACGAAGCGAUCGAAGUGCUGGAGAGGCUCAUUGGAGAAAAUGAUGGCAGUGUGGAGGCAUGGUAUCUGGGUGGAUGGUGCUUACAUCUGCUGUCUGGAAAGCAGAAGGCAAAGGGAGAGGACGACGUCGCAACGUCCCUUCUGCGCGCUAGCCGCGACUGGCUCGAGAACUGCCUCAAGCUAUACACUCUGCUCGAGUAUGAGGAUGAGCGGCUCAAGGAGCACGCAGACGAGAUUUUGAAGGAGCUAAACGACACGCUGGGUCCGUCAACUGGCGAGGAGGAGGAAGACUGGGAGGAUGCAGGCGAAGACGACGACGACGAAGAUGAUGAAGAGAUGGACGGCACUUGA